UUAAAGCAUUUUUCUUCUAUUUAGCAUCCAUAUCAGAAAUGUUAUCCUCCCCGAAUCGAGCUACACGUUUCAUCGAUUUUUCACCCCUUUCUGACAGCUGCAUUUUCACGUGCGGUAACCUUUUCUCUUCACGUUGCUCGGUAGCAAAACAGAGUGUGCCGGGACGAACGAUGGAAUUGUAGGUGCGUGGAAAAGCACCGUCCGUCCGUUCGUAUUUGUUGCUAACCAGCAACAUAAAAUGCUCCCAGUGUUGUUCCGCCCAGUGUAAUGCAUAAAUUCCUCGCAAACGGGCGAUUAUGGUGCGACCUAGUGCGUCAAUCCGGGCCCAGAAUCAGCGGUCGUCCUCCGUUCGCUUUCUGCACUCGGUUGGACACAACUGGCGCAACAUCGAGCGCGGUACACCUGUACGCUAUCAGGAAGCGGCAUAGCGGAAGCAAUGACACCGAUUCCGCACAGUUUAGUAGCGAUGCGACAAAAACAUCUCCGGUGCAUCGACCGGUGGCCAUCCCGUUGGCUGUCCCACUGUCCGUAGUACCGCCCGUAGUGGACGCGAAAGCGUUAGUUAGUGAAAUUAGUAAAUCGGUUGGUUUGCCGGCGGGAAGCACGGUUAGGAAAAGUGGAAAAAUUAGCAGUGAAGAUGGAGCGACGGAACCCGUGGUUGCCUCCGUGACGUCUCUUCCUGGCUUAAGUCGGUUGAUUUAUCACUAUCUAAUGCUAUCAAAGAUCCGGUUGACGUCUCUUGUGGUGUUGACCGCGAUGGCCGGAUAUGCGAUGGCACCGGGAUCGUUCGAGCUGGGAACGUUUCUGCUAUGUUCCGCUGGUACAACACUCGUUUCGGGUGCGGCCAAUUCCAUCAACCAGGUCAUUGAAACUUCGUUCGAUGCUCAAAUGGCCCGCACGCGCAAUCGCGUGCUCGUAAAAGGAUAUCUUUCCCGAAUGCACGCGGUCGGAUUUGCGCUUGGUGCGAGCACGGUCGGAUGCAGUAUGCUUUACUUCGGUGUGAAUGAAAUGACGGCCGCACUGGGCGCCGCCAACCUUAUCCUCUACACCAGCAUCUACACCCCAAUGAAACGGUACAGUAUUUUGAACACCUGGGUCGGAUCGGUUGUCGGUGCCAUCCCUCCACUGAUGGGUUGGGCCGCUUGUACUGGCGGAGAUCUUGGCGCCGGUGCAUGGAUUCUGGCCGGUUUGCUGUACUGCUGGCAGUUUCCCCAUUUCAACGCCCUAUCGUGGAAUAUUCGGCCGGAAUAUCUGAAGGCUGGCUACAAAAUGAUGGCCAACUCCCAUCCGGCCCUCUGUACACGUGUUUCGCUUCGCCAUACCGGUUUUAUUACGGGUCUUUCGCUGCUCGCCCCUGUUCUGGACGUAACGAACGUUUGGUUCGCACUGGAAACACUUCCUCUGAAUGCGUACUUUGCGUACCUAGCGUACGAUUUUCAUCAGAAAGCGGACAGCAAAAGCUCCCGGAAGUUGUUCCGCUUCUCGCUGCUGCACUUGCCCCUGCUGAUGGCACUGUUUCUGUUGAACAAAAAGCAUUGGCUGUUUAGAGAGGACGGCAAGAGCGAUGCGGUGGAACUGGAAGGUGGUCUCGCGGAUGGUGCCAUGGCUACGGGUGUGCUUGUGAGUGGAGGUGCAAAGAAAGGCGAGGAAGGUAGUGAAUACCUGGUACCAAAUAUUGUGGCCGACAUUGGAGCUUCAACACCAUCCCCUGGAAGCAUCAAGGCGAUCGAAGAUAGCCUGCUAUCGAACGUGGCCACUGUACUUCCUACGGCAGGCAAGCAAAAGCUUUGAACGGAUGAAUGCUACGACAGAGAUGCUAUUGUACAAAGGAGCUAGAUUUACGAAGUGAUAUAGAAUCAAUGAUCAAUAAAAUGUCGGAAGAAAGGAAAAUA